GGUCGUCAUUGUUCCUGUGGAUCCUCGACGCCGUCGUCGUCGCACCGACCGCAACAUGAGCCGCCUCGCCGCGCUGCCGCUCUGCGCCGCCGUGGUGCUCGUCGCCCUGCUGGCGGCCACCAACGCGUCGCCCCUGCCCUUACCGGCAGUAACGCAGGAGCAGUAUGAAAAGAGUUUGAAGAUGCUUCGGAACGUCUGCCAACCCAAGGCUGGUCUUCCUGAUGCUAUGCUGGAAAGGAUGAAGAACGGAGAAUUCGUUGAAGACGAAAAAGCUUACUGUUACACGGCUUGCUUCCUGCAAACGACGAUGGUGCUGAAAAACAACAAGGUGGACAGCAAGAUGUUCAAGGCGCAGGUGAAAAAGAUGAUGCAGGCCGAGGAUGCCGCGCGGACCAUUGCCGCCUUCACUGCCUGCGAGGGCACCCCGGCUGGCAAAGAACCGUGUGAAACUGCCGCCCUCUUCAUCAAGUGCGUCAAGAAGGCGGACCCGGACAAGCCAGGCACCAGGCACCACCUGCAUCGCGGCUCAGCACCGCAACCACCACGCCUUGUUGGCACCAACUCCGAGAUGCGUCAACCCCGUUUGCGGCUACUACGCGUCAAGUUGACGGGCCUCUGUGCGCCCCACGGCCAAGCCGACGGGGCCGAUGGCGUGGUCAGUGGCCAUCGCGCCGACAUGUCGGGGAGGUGGCUGGCGGUCACCGCGCUCUUGGUCACCAUGGGCGUCGCGGCGGGCAAGGUGGGCAGCCGGUACCAGCCGACGUGGGAAAGCCUGGACACACGGCCGCUGCCGCAAUGGUACGACGACGCCAAGGUGGGCGUCUUUAUCCACUGGGGCGUGUACUCCGUGCCCAGUUUCGGGAGCGAGUGGUUUUGGUAUGACUGGAUAGCAGAGAAAAAGGACAAGUACGUCAACUUCAUGAAACGCAACUAUCCGCCAAACUUCAGCUACCAAGACUUCGCAGCCGACUUCAGUGCCGAGUUCUUCGACGCCAAGCAGUGGGCCAAGAUUCUGGAGCGGUCGGGGGCCAAGUACGUGGUGCUGACAAGCAAGCACCACGAAGGCUUCACGCUGUGGCCCUCCAAGUACGCCUACAGCUGGAACGCCAAGGACGUGGGCCCUCACCGCGACUUGGUCGGUGAGCUGGCCGCCGCCAUCCGGGCCAACACCAACAUCACGUUCGGCCUGUACCACUCCCUCUACGAAUGGUUCCACCCCCUGUACUUGGCCGACAAGAAAAACAACUUCACGACUCGCUCGUUCGUCGACAACAAAAUCAUCCCCGAGAUGAAAGAACUGGUGAACGUCUACCGCCCUGAGGUGCUGUGGUCGGACGGCGACUGGGAGGCGGACUCGCAGUACUGGCGCUCGUGCGACUUCCUGGCCUGGCUGUACUCCGACUCCCCGGUGAGGAGCAGCGUGGUGACCAACGACCGCUGGGGCAGGGACGUGCAGUGCAAGCACGGCGACUUCCUCAACUGCCAGGACCGCUACCUGCCCGAUGUGCCGCCUGCCAAGAAGUGGGAGAACGCCAUGACGGUGGACCGCGAGUCCUGGGGCUUCCGGCGGGAGGCGUCCCUGCAUGACUACCUGGGUCUGGCCGACCUGCUGCAACUGCUGGCACGGACGGUCAGCUUGGGAGGCAACUUGGUGGUCAACGUGGGCCCCACCAAGGAAGGCACCAUCGCCCCGCUGCUAGAGGAGCGGCUGCUGGAGCUGGGCGAGUGGCUCAGCGUUAACGGGGAGGCUGUGUACCGCACCCGGCCCUGGGCGGCUGGCACCCCAAACGACACUAUCGCCUCGUCCGUCUACUACACUCAGAGUGCGGACAGUAAGAUACUGUAUGCAAUAGUUUUAGAAUGGCCAGAUAGGAAUGUUCUAAAACUGGGUUCUCCACGUCUGAGAGCACCAAACGUGACCAUGCUCGGCUAUGGAGCGUUAGAGGUUCAAGUGGGUUCUCAGAUUGAGAUUCAAUUUCCAAACCCAAGCAAAAUAAGUUGCAAGAAAGGAUGGGCCCUACGAAUCUCUGGACUAUAUUGAAAUCAAAAAUUUAUUCUUAACAAUUAAAGAGUCCUUUGUUAUAAAAAUAAAAUCAACAUUAUUCAAUGAUUGUAAACUGAAUUAAGAAGUAAUAUACUACAGUAAAACAAAUUUUAGAUGAUUUUCA